CUUGGAUAUUGCACAUUAUCAUCAAACAGCCCCAAGAAAGGAAUACGGUGACAAAAUGUACCGCAUGCCUUUCACAUUAGCUGUUACCCUUGCUUUACUGUCUGCGGUGUCGGGAUACGACUCCAAAAAAUCUUAUUAUGGUCACUACGAAAAAAAUCGGAGAAAUGAUCCCUUUCCAAAUGGCUUGAGAGUAGGAAGUUUGAGAAAUUCCCUUUCAGCUUUAGACUCAGGACGCCAUGCUUCACUUGGAUUGGCCACAGAUUCCUUUGACGUCAUUGCACCAGGAGGGAACUUUUUAGAUGUAGGCUCAUCGCAAUUGUCAUUUGGACGGAAUCGACGCAGGCGUUUAAAAUAUCACGGAAAGUAUCACAGGUCCGGACAUGCUGGUUCUAGAGGAUUCUCCAGAUUCAACUUUGAUGGGGUAGACACAUUUAAUGGACGUUUAGGAAGGGGGCCUUACUUUGAUGAGAGUCUAGACAUCUUUCCUUUUGAUGAUAGACACAAUUCACGAAAUCUUGGUGCUGAAUUCUUUUCUGAUCGUUUUGAUGCCUUUCCUGGGGAUGUCAGCAGGUUCACCUUACCCUCGGUUCUCUCAUCUCGUUCUGCAUCAAGGAGGGGAACAUAUCAUAAGCAUCAUAACGACAACGGAAAAUAUUAUGACAACAACAAAUAUUACCACAGCAGACAUCAUUCUGACAACAAUCAGUAUCACGAUAUCGGGCCCUAUUCUGAUUCUUUGGGUGGUAUUCGUUCAGAAAGAUUUCUAGACAGUCCAGCGGGUUUUGGGGCAUUUUCUUCAUCAGCGGCUGACUUCAUCGAUAUUAACCCCGUAUUGCGUAAAGACAAACAUAAACAAGGAUACAAGGGAUCUAGGCACACUGACUAUAUCUAAUCAAAACUACUUUCCCGAACAUUUAGAAACAUGCAUUGUAAAAUAAUUUUUAGAGAUUUAUUAAAACUAGUUUCCGAGAUCUGUCAGUGUUAAAAUCAUAAAGGUAAUAAAAAUUAAAGGUACAUGCA